AAGUUCUCAUUAAAACAUCAAUGUGUUCAGUAAAUUAAAAAAUAUAAGUCAAGAUUAAAUAUUUUCAUAGAUUUUUUUGUUCUCGUUUUUUUCUCGAUAUACUUCAAACGACGCGGUUUGAUUCUGGCGGAACGUUUGACCUGGACUACCUUUUCCUUACGGACGAGUAUGUACAGCGGAGCAAACCUGAAAGCCUGGCAUAAUGGAAGUGAAAAAUGCUAACGCUGCUAUGCUCAGUAACUAUGAGGUGUUCAAACUCUUAACAGAUCUGAAGGCACAAAGGAAAGAGAGUGGGAAGAACAAAAACAGCUCCGGGCAGCAGAAUUUAAACACCAUCAUGUAUGAGACACUCAAUUACCUGUCAAAGACGCCAUGCAGCAGACAGAGUCCAGAGGUGGUCAAAGAGUUCCUCACCACCAUGAUGCCUCAUAAACUGACCAAGGCGGAGAAACUGCACCUCCUGAACCACCGGCCGCAGACAGCAGUGGAAAUCCAGCUUUUGGUGGAAGAGAGUGAGGAGCGUUUAUCCGAGGAACAGAUCGAGGAACUCAUCCAGACGGUCUCAGGCAUCCUUCCUGGUGACCCUGAGCAGGAAAACGCAGCUCCGGCUGAAGAAGAGAUGGAUGAAGGUGGUGAACAAUCUUGACGUGACCCACAGGUGAAGAACUGGAGUGCAUAAAUAUUAGAGGACUGGACUGGUUGCAUUUGCCUGGGUCACUUUGAAUCAUUGUCGAACUGCUGACAGAGAAGAUCCAAAAUGGCUGCUCAACCAUGGCUCAGUUUACCCGAUCAUGAAAUUAUUCACAUAAAUGUGACUCAUUUCAUGAAUGGAAGGAAACCUGGGC